AUGUGGCUAACAGACGCGCAAAAAAUUGGAGUCGGACUCACCUCCUUUGGUGCCUUUUUCAUGUUCCUCGGCGUGAUGCUAUUCUUUGACGGCGGAUUAUUGGCACUCGGAAACAUUCUAUUCGUCUCUGACUUUUUAUUUUUCGCGCGGAAGAACAAGCUGCGAGGCACAAUCUGUUUCUUUGGCGGCAUCCUACUCGUCUUCUUCAAGCGACCGUUUAUCGGCAUGAUUGUCGAGACGUUUGGCUUCCUCAACCUCUUUGGUGACUUCUUCCCAGUCAUUCUUUCGUUCCUCCGACAACUACCGGUGAUAGGGAACUUCCUGAAUAUGCCGUAUAUCAAAGCGGCAGCAGAUCGUAUGGCAGUCCCUCAACACGCCGUUUUGAAUAUGAACACGACCAUUCUCAACGAUUUCGCCUCUCAAAUCGUGGACAAGCUCCCCGAAAAUGUCCAAGAACAUCUCAGUCAUGUCACGACGACACGUGCAGUUCAAAUAGGGCUCGGACUCGUCGUCGUAGGCCAUCUCUAUCGCUCGUGGACGAAUCGGAUUCCCGUGCCGAGAUAUGGUGGUAUUGUCUCGUUUUCCAGUCUCCUUUCGACGAUACGAAUGAGCAUGCGGGGGCCGGCUGAUUGGUUGGAAUAUUAUUCAAAGUAUCCCAUGGCCAUGAUGCCGGCGGGAGAGCGAUGGCAUCUCGUUGUGCGAGGCGAAUUUGUCGACGAGCUUAACCGCGCACCCGACAGCGUAUUGUCUUCCCAUUCUGCAACAGAAGAGGCCCUUCAAGUCCCACACACUCUUGGUUCAGUCAUUACAGAAAAUGAGUACCAUGUACAGAUCAUUCGAAACUAUUUGACGCGUCACCUCCAUACUGUGUUCCCAGAAGUUUAUGAUGAAAUUAAACACACAUUCGAUACCGACCCCACACUCAACAACAAUGAGUGGAAGGAACUCGAAGUGUUCCCUUGGGUCCUCCAGGUAGUGGCCAAAGCGAGCAACCGCGUCUUCGUUGGUGUUCCACUCUGUCGAGACCCCGGAUGGCUCUCGGUCGUGAUUGAUGGUGCAGUCUCUGUCGUCAAAACGGCUACCUUUAUCAACUUGUUUCCCAUCCUGUUGCGAAAUCUUGUUGGACGACUCGUGUCUCGUAAGACUUCUCGUCUCCAACGGGCCUCGGUACUGGCAAAGGAUGUCAUCGAAGCGCACCUGAACAAGGAAGAUAAGACGGAAAAGGCACGCCUAACGGAUUUCCUCGACUGGCUAAUCUCUGUCGCCCCUCCUGAAGAACACAAUGUCAAGGAUAUCACAAGACGCAUCGUCGCUAUCAACUUUGCGGCGAUUCAUACGAGCUCACUGAAUCUGACCCACGCCCUCUACUGGAUCACUGCUCGACCCGACUAUCUUGAACCCAUGCGCGAGGAGAUUGAAGCCGUGACAAGCGAGAUGGGCUGGUCGAAGAAUGCUAUUGGCCAGAUGCCCAAAGUCGAGAGUUUCAUGAAAGAGUGCAUGCGCCUCGUCCCACUCGCUCCAAGUACGAUGAACAAACGGGUCAUCCAGCCGUUCACCUUUUCCAACGGCGUCUCACCACCCAUCGGCACCGUCGUCAGCGCGCACGUCUAUGCGACACACAUGAACGAAUCGAUCUAUGGGAACCCAGAUAAGUUUGAUGGAUUCCGCUUCGUCAAGCCCGAAGAAGAUGCAGAGGCGAGAGCAAAGGAAACGAUUUACUCGACCUCGCCAAAUUAUAUGGCCUUUAGCCACGGACGACACGCAUGUCCUGGGCGCUUCUUCGCGUCGAUGGAGCUCAAGAUUAUGUUCGCCUAUCUCGUGCUGAACUAUGACUUUAGUUGGCCAGCCGAGGUGACGAAGAAUCUCAAACCAGAUGAGAGGUACAGACCCAAGGAUAUUUGGUUUGGAGGGGCGAUUCUUCCGGACCCAAAGGCAAAGAUUCUGGUUCGCAAGAGGCAAAAGUCGUCACUUGCUUAG